UAGGGCGCCAUUCACAAAGGCUGCUGCAAAAGCCCAGGGGACUUGGAACCUGCAGAACCGCAGUUCUGUGGUGACCAACUCCAUCAAGGAGAAGACUGGGAGGAAGCUGAAAACCUUCUGUGUUACUCGGUGGAACUCCUACUAUGAUGCUAUCCAGAGCCUGAUGGACGUCCUCUCCAACCCAGAGAAGAUGCGGGCGUUGAAUGAGAUCCUCAGCAAGGGAGGGGCGGCGACGUUUAACGAGAUGGAUAAACAUGUUCUCUCUGAGUACCUGAAGGUCAUGCAGCCUGUGGCAGAGUGCCUCGACAGCCUACAAUCCGAGACCAACGCCUACAUGGGCACCUUGAUGCCUGCCUUACAGCUAAUGCAGUUUCAGCUGGAGAGGCUGAAAGUUGACAGGAACCUGCAGUUUGCUCUACCGCUAGUGUCGGCACUACUUGGGAAAGAGGGGAGUGGCAAAGGCUGUUACGGCAGGUUUGCUGACCAGCUUCAGGACGCCGAUAUCCUGAUGGCCACUGCGCUCCACCCCCACUACACCAUGUCCCUGGUGCGGCACUUCAAUCCUGACCAGGCAGCCAACAUCCAGGGGCGUAUCGUCAGGGAGGUGAAGGAAAUUGUGGGCACAGAGCUGGAGAGGCAGCCUGAGGAGAGGAAGGAAAGGGUGGACAAGUUCCACCUUCUGCUCUCCAGUGCCACAGUCCCUGAGGUGAGGUACCAGGAAGAAGUGGAGGAGACAAUUGUAAAAACACUAGAAGACUGGAAAAGGGAGAUGGUGGACAUCCCCCUCAGCCCCAACCUGUUCCCCGCCCGCUACAGGGAUGCCUGGCUGGACCUCUUCAAGAGGUACAACACCCCUCUCCCCAGCUCUGCUGCUGUAGAGAGGCUGUUCAGCUCUGCGGGAGAUAUCUUGCGGGCUAAAAGGUCCAGCCUCAGCAACGUGAACUUCGAGCAGCUGGUGUUUGUAAGGGGCAACAUGCACCUCCUGGACUACAAGGAUGUGGGGCAGCAGCACAUGGAGGAGGAGCAAGACUUGUAAAUUAUAAUGAACUUGUAAACUUGUGAAUCAUUUUUAUACCUAGUCAUUUGUGAAAGAUACAUAUAGUAAACUGAAUCAGCAACAUAUCUUUCCUUAUUCCCAUAUCUUCUCUUCCUCUUUUGAAUGAUAUUAACCGGAAUUUUCUGUGUUGCAUGUGUACUGAGGUAUGAUAAUUAUGAUGAGUGUAAAAGUAGUUACUUUACUUCAGGUGGUGGAGAUUCUAUGCGUUAAAAUGACAAUAAUGAUAACAAAAAUAAUGGUAAUAAUAAUAAUAAUAAUAAUGAUAAUAAUAAUGCUGCUGCAGUAUUGCCUUGUAUUUCUUUUUUUUAAGGUACGGACUAGAUUUUUCAGGCGCGCUUUAAUAGUUUUGGGUACGGUACCGGAGGUGCGGAGGUGCGGU